AUGGGAAAAAACUGCAUGGUGCUGUUUUGCAGAAACCGAGGGGACAUUGAAGGCCUACAUUAUUUCUGUUUAACUUCCAAACGCUAUAGGUCAUGGAUGACAGCCAUUGGAAGAGAUCCUACUCGGGAAAUACUUCAUGCCAGUAAUAGAAUAUGUAGUGAUCAUUUCAGUGAGGACAGUUUUUAUUACAAAAAAGGAAAACAGUGUUUGAAACCACUUGCCACUCCUACCAUAAGGCUUGGUCUCAAAAAACCUCUCAUGGUUUCAAACACACAAGAACCAAGUUCAAGCAGCUCAGCUGAAAUUUUAUCUAUCUCACAAAAUAAUGAUGUAGAUGAAGAAUUAUUUUACAAUACAGAGGAGGUUAUUGACAUUCAUGAUGAGUCAGAAAAUGAUGAUUUGAUACUGAACAAAGAGCUGGAAAGCAGAAAAAGGAAGUCUACCGACUUUUCUUCAUCUACAGAUAAUGAAGAAUUUCAAGGACCACUCAAAAAAACCAGCAUAAACUACAAUGAUUAUAGUGUGGAUCCUAAAAAACUAGCCAUGCAUUUGGAACAGGCAAAGAAACACAAGCAGCAAGUUUUGAACAGACUGAAGUACACUAAAGAAAGAAUUAAUAGAUUGUCUAGAAAAGUCACCCAAUUAAAACAGGUUGUUUUGGAUUUGCAAAAUAAGAAUUGA